AGUGAUUAUUUGCCUCUUCGCUCUUCGGGGCGCGCCAGAAACUGCCAAAAACUAAGAAUCAGGAAGAGUCACGUGUUAUUUACGUUUUCCCGCGCUUGAUCGCGUGUCAUAACCACUGACCCGACUGAACAUUUUGAAGAAGGAUCAAGGAAAUGUCAAGCAACGGUAUUGGAACUGGCAUCGAGGAAUCGUCGCAAGGACACGCGACGCAAGACAUGGAGCGGAAAACGAACGGAAAGCUGGAUGCGGAGCACGAGGAGUAUCAGUAUUUACGUCUCAUCGAGAAGGUUAUUAAGACCGGAACAAAGAAAGCCAAUCGCACCGGCGUCGAUACCUAUUCCAUCUUCGGUGCACAAAUGCGAUUUAGUUUACGAGAUGGUGUUUUCCCAUUACUGACAACCAAGAGAGUAUUCUGGCGAGCAGUAGUUGAGGAACUGCUGUGGUUUAUCAAAGGAUCAACAAACUCGAAAGAGUUGACAGAUAAAGGUGUUCAUAUUUGGGAUGAGAAUGGUUCGCGGGCUUUCUUGGACUCCUAUGGUUUCACUGAUAGGGAAGAGGGCGAUUUGGGACCUGUCUAUGGUUUCCAGUGGCGGCACUUUGGCGCCGAAUACAAAGACAUGCGUACGGAUUACACAGGACAAGGAAUAGACCAGCUAAAAGAAGUUAUCCAUAAAGUGAAGCAUUCUCCGGAGGACAGACGUAUCAUAAUGUCAGCCUGGAAUCCGGUUGAUAUUCCAAAGAUGGCAUUACCACCAUGCCAUGCUUUCGUACAAUUUUACGUGAACAACGGGGAAUUGUCCACGCAACUCUAUCAGAGAAGCGCGGACAUGGGUUUGGGAGUGCCGUUUAACAUAGCGUCGUAUUCUCUGCUGACUUACAUGAUCGCUCAUGUUACUGGAUUGAAGCCAGGAGAAUUUGUACAUACAAUGGGAGACUGCCACGUCUACGUCAACCAUAUAAGCGCCCUUGAGGAACAGGUAAAACGCGAACCGCGCGAGUUUCCAAAAUUAAGAAUAGUCAGAGAGGUCAAAGAUAUCGACAAUUUCACUGCCGAAGAUUUCGAAUUGAUAGAUUAUAAACCAUAUGCCAAACUCUACAUGAAGAUGGCCGUCUGAGUUCUACUAUCUCACUCGAAUAAGCUUAAUCCUCUGAAAGAUCUGUGUAAAAUUUACAUUUCGCUCUCUGGAUAAGCCCACAUUGUGGGAUUAAUGAGGCGGCAUUAAUUUUGCUGUUUAACGUACUUAAUUACUAAACCAACAUGCUAGAAACUAGUCUUUCUACAAACUAGUAUUUAUGAUCAGUAUUUCAGAUACACCGAGUUAAGUAGUAGUACUUUCAAUUACAAUAUUUUUUAAUAUGAGAGAGACGUAAAAAAAUUACCUCUAAUAGUUCGAUUUCUCUUUGCAUUUGGGCUGAGAUGGUAAAAGUGACGAAUAUAUUUUAUAUCGUAAAUCCCCUAGCUACAUAUAUAUAUUGUAAGUAAAGUCUUAUAUACGCAUAUACAUCUAAGUCUAUGUAUAUAUGUGUAUAUUUAACUAAACUUCACUUUCUAAGAAAAAUUAUAUUUUCGAUAAAUCUGUACCUUAAA